AUGGCUGUCUCAACAAUCUACUCAACACAAGCUCUCAACUCAACUCAUUUCUUAACUUCUUCUCCUUCUUCUUCCUCCUCAAAACAAGUCUUCUUCUACCGUCGUCAAUCCCAAACCAACCGUAGUAGAUUCAACACAAUCAUCACUUGCGCCGCACAACAAACCAUCGUGAUCGGACUCGCUGCUGACUCCGGAUGCGGCAAAAGUACUUUCAUGCGGAGGCUCACGAGCGUCUUCGGCGGAGCAGCCGUGCCACCGAAAGGCGGGAACCCUGAUUCCAACACACUCAUCAGUGACACGACCACUGUGAUCUGUCUCGACGAUUACCAUUCUUUGGACCGGACCGGCCGUAAAGUGAAUGGAGUCACUGCUUUGGACCCACGCGCCAAUGACUUUGAUCUCAUGUAUGAGCAAGUCAAAGCUCUUAAGAGUGGUGUCGCCGUCGAGAAACCGAUUUAUAAUCACGUCACCGGACUUCUUGACGCCCCCGAGCUUAUUCAGCCUCCCAAGAUUCUCGUCAUCGAAGGUCUUCACCCAAUGUUUGAUGAGAGAGUAAGAGACUUAUUGGACUUCAGUAUCUACUUAGACAUUAGCAACGAGGUCAAAUUCGCUUGGAAAAUCCAGGUGCGUUUCUAA